UUACCUUGAUGAGGUCAGCGUCGACGAACCCCAGUGCGAGCCUUACAGAGGCACCGUAUGCAGCCCCCACAUAGCCAACAGCCAGGUCUACAUCCCCGCUGGACAAACCCAAUCCGAGAUAGAGGCCGCCCUGGGCUCCGCCAUCCAACAGAUCAACAACGACCUCCCUAUCACCCUCAACCAACGCUGCACCAAGUACCUUAAGCCAUCCAUGUGCCUCACAGCAUUCCCGCUGUGCAGAGAGCGCCCUCGCUUGGCCGUCCAUAGGAUGUGCUACGACGAGUGCCGCCUGCUGACCACCGAGAUCUGCUCGUCUUUGGUGGACUACGUGGAUGCGCAGCCCGAGCUGGGACUGGUUGACAUGUUGCCAAUCUGCACGGACUUGCCGCUUCCCAGUGCCAACACGGAGAAUUCGUGCCUCAGGAUGGGCAUGUCAGAAACUGGAGUUGCUACAAUAACCCCAUUUGGAGUCCCAACAGCACGUUACUUCAUCAUCGUGGAAAGACCUAUGAACAACGAGACUGAACUCCAUACUGGCGACAAGGCCACACUUCGGUGUCGCAUCAUCGGCGAGCCGACGCCUCACUACAAGUGGUACAAGAACGACGCUCUGCUGACAGAGGAGCGCAGAGAUCGGAGGAUAACGACCAAGGAGUAUGAAUGGGGUUCCAAACUCAGCAUUAAAAAUGUGGAUACUACGGAUACGGGUUACUACAAGUGUGUAGCGGAGAACAGAGCUGGUGUGAGAUCAACCAUGGGUAUCCUCUUUGCUAGGAUUGCAAGUGAAACAACUCGGACUGUCGCCUCUAAUCCACAUCAGGGUUACUGCCAGCCUUACAGCGGAGUGGCAUGCUCCAAGUUCAUCAGUAACCACUCCAUCUAUGUUACCGACUUCCAAGCCCAGAAGCUGAUCGACGAACGUCUGACACCCUUCCUGCUGAUGACCCGCGACCUGAGCCCCGAGUGCCAGCAGUACGCCAUCCCAUCCCUCUGCUUCUUUGCGUUCCCGUUCUGCGACGAGACGCGGCAGGAUCCACGCGGGAGGGAGCUCUGCAGGGACGAGUGCGAGAUCCUGGAGCAGGAUAUCUGCAAGAAGGAGUACCAGAUCGCCAAGGAGAUGCCCAACGUCAUCCUACCGGACUGCUCCAGGUUACCGGCCGUUGGAACCGAUGCAAGCGCUAGCUGCAUACGUGUGGGCUUACCGGAUGUAGCUGCGAUCACAGAUCACACGUGUUACAAUGAUACUGGAGAGGAUUAUCGAGGGAGGAUCAACACAACCAAAUCAGGAUUUCCCUGUCAGGGCUGGGAUAAGCAACAACCUCAUGAGCAUGCCCUUUGGCCUUCCCACUACCGAGAGCUUGCUGGAGGACACAACUUCUGCCGUAAUCCUGGCAACGGCCUCGACAAACCCUGGUGCUUCACCACCAAUCCUGAUGUCAGGGCAGACAAGUGUGACAUUCCGAGAUGCGAUGAGCUAACAGGAAGUGGUAUGGUCAGCAGACCCACGAUCCUCUACAUCAUUGUUCCUGCGGUAACGGUCAUUGUUGUCAUCCUCCUCAUCUGUGGCUGUGUGUGCUUCUGUUGGAGACAGACCAAGUCCCAGCGCUACGGGGGCGUGGCCAGCAGGACCAGGCCCAGCGAAAUGGUGGCCCUGCAGCAAAAACUUCAGGUGAAGGAGAUUCCAUUGUCUGCCAUCAAGUUCAUGGAGGCCCUCGGGGAUGGUACGUUCGGUAAGGUAUGGAGAGGUGAGCUGAUGGGCCUGAACAACCAGUACAGCUGUACAUCCAUAGUCAUCAAGACAUUGGACAAGGAUGCCAGCCCCGCCUUACAGCAGGACUACCGGAAUGAGACCAGCGUGAUGGCUUCACUGAACCAUCCAAACAUCAUCACUCUCCUAGGUGUCUGCACCAAAGAGACACCAAACUGCAUGCUCUUUGAGUUCUUACCUCAUGGUGAUCUGCACGAGUUCCUGGUCCGGCACUCUCCUAAUUCAGACAUCGGUUUCGGAAGCGGGGACGACGACACGCAGUCCUCGCUGGAUGCUUCGGAUUUCUUGAACAUAGCCAUCCAGAUCGUGUCCGGUAUGGAUUACCUUUCAAGCAGGCAUUUUGUCCAUAGAGACCUUGCCGCCAGGAACUGUAUGGUGGGCGAGCACCAUCAGAUUAAGAUCACCGACUUUGGUCUGGCGAGGGAUAUUUAUUCGGGGGAUUACUACCGGAUGCCCUCUCAGGCGGUUCUUCCGAUCCGCUGGAUGUCGCCAGAAGCCAUCAUGUUUGGUCGUUUCACGGUGGAGAGCGAUAUCUGGUCCUUUGGAGUGGUUUUAUGGGAGAUUUACUCUUAUGGUCUUCAACCGUUUUACGGUUAUAACAAUCACGAGGUGAUAGAGAUGAUCCGGACACGUCACAUUCUCCCAUGCCCCAGCGGUUGCCCUCAGUACAUCUAUGCACUCAUGACGGAAUGCUGGAGCGAAAUACCCGCAAGGAGACCCCCUUUCAAGGUCAUCUCCACGCGCCUCAGAGCAUUAGACACUGUACCUAUGCACACGCAAAAUGGUAACAUAUAUGGCAACCCUGCCGCGAACUUUAACCCCCAGUACAGCGGGCUGUACUCUCCGCAGACACACUGCAGCUCCGAGGGCAAGAAAAGUCACGGGUCAUCUGGGGGCAGCAGACACUCUCAACCCAAAAUGGGUCUCGUUGACAAAGCCAUGUCCGAGACCUCCAGCUCAUCGCAUCAUACAAGGUCAACGGGACAUGGAAAAUCAGAAAAAGUGGAACAAACUGCUGUAUAAUAGCUAUUAAAUAUUGUCUCUUUUAUGAUAUAUGCACUUGUAUAAAGUUGUACUGGAAUAAACAGAAAAUUUAAAUUUAAGUAGUGCUUCGGCCUAGAAUGGGUCUCUGUAUUGCAAUGUGUUGAGGGUAUAGUUUUUGCUAGUAGAUUAUCAAAUACAACUGUUUUUAAAGAGUUUAUUAAUGUGAAUGCACUAGUAAACAGUUAGGUAAUUUUAUAGAGCUGAUAUUUGCUUUCUUGUUCAUGUACUCACGCAAAGGCAAAACCAAAGAAUAUUAUCCUAUGCUUAAUAUGUAACUUUGCAACUCCGUCCUUCAUUUUUACUUGUUUUUAACUGAGUAUUCCCCAUUAUUAUUCUUUUUGAGCCAAUAGGUAAAAUAUGCACUACAUACAAUGGUCUCACAUAUUCCUCAUACAUGUAUAUCACAUUAAGAUUGAUAGACUAUAUGUAUCAACAUCAAGAGAAUUUCAUAAACAAUUACCCCUUCCAAAAAAAAUGUUUUGCCUUGAUUUUCAGAGCUCUACUGAAUACCUCUUAAAUCUGCAACCACCCCAAAUGUUAUUAAUAUUAAACCAAAAACCAACUUCUGCAUUAAAAAAAAUUGUGUAUAUUUCUUGUCCAAUAUUUUACAAAUCCAAAAAGUGUUUUACACUGUAUUCAUUGUAAACCUGCCUUAGAGAUAGUAUUUUCUUCUCCUUAUGUAUCCUUAUGAUGCAACUGCAAUAGAUUAAAUUAUCAGCAUGAAAAUUUGUUUAUAGAUACAUUUCUAAUUAUACUGCAGGAAAUAUAUUCAUAGAAUAGACAUUAUGAUUGGUGCGGAAAAACUAACAGUAAACUUCAUAUUAAAACUCAAAAAGCCUUUCAAAGUUUAUGGGGUUCCCAGUGUGGUUCGCAUUUGCCAAAAACCAAACUCAGUUUUACUCAUAUUUCUUUAACAAAGAACAGUAUGAAAAAUCUUGUUUGAAUUUGCCAAAUUGUAUAUACAUGUAUCUCAGUUUGUUUUUUAUUUAAACCAAAUAUUGUUCUUACUCUCGUGUUUUAAUUCCAAUUUGCAAUGAUAUAAAAUUUUAAUGCAGUACAUUAUAUAAAAAAAAACUUUGAUAUUCAGAUUAUUGUUUUCAAUUGAUAAAAUUGUUUUACGUUGCUUUGGAGGGAGCAAAAGUGACACUGUUGUCAAUGGAUUACCCUAUAUCUCUAUCCUGUUCAUAACCCCCCAAUUGCUUGGUCUGCUGUAGAUUUCAUAUUUUUACAGAGGAAAAAAUGUUGAUUCUCAGCUAUUAUGGUAACACUUCAAUGUAAACAUAUUUCACUGAGAGAUUCAAGCAAUCGACAUCUUAAGAAUUUAAUAUGGUAUUAUGUUAAUUUGAAGAGUGGGGGCCAAAGAGUGUGUUUUCAGAUCAUUUGGUACACCAAAUCUGCUGAGAAGGUUUAGUAUUAAAAAUGAUUCUGAAAGUUCAAUCAAAUGCUAGCAUAUGUAUUCACAUAGUUCAUAUUCAAUAAUGAAAAUACAAGUAAGUGAAUACGUAAUUGUACUCAUUUCAGCUUUAAUCAAACAAGUUUGCCUCUUCAGUUAAAAUAAAUUAAAUUGAGCGGGAAUAAAGUUACUGUAGCCUACUUGUUGGCAAAAAUGAGUCCUAACUUCCCUUUUAAGGUGCACAACUUGUAAAUUUUACAUAAUUUAUCGAUGGUGCCCAUAGUUUAAUGUUGCCAAAUAUAUUUCUAUUGCGUUGCUACACUUGUUUACAUAUCUAGCUCUAAGCCAAUGAUUACAUUUAUGAACUCAGUAAAGUAACUUAAAAACAAUUGCCAAAUAUGUUUUUUUUUUACUACAAACUCAUUCUUCUCCAUCAUGUAUGCAUAUGUUAUACAGGGUGAAAUUUCAUUUGUACGAUGGCAGAUAAAGGUCGCUUUUCAUACCUCAUCCCCCCCCCCCCCCAAAAAAAAAGUGUAUUUAUUUAUUUACCCAACCAUUUGUAAAGUAACUAGUUUAUUAGCUUUUCAGCUAUGGAAAUUCCAUAGCAAAGCCAACUAGACUAAAUAAGGGAUAAGUUUUAUUAACUUAUUAAGGUACACAGCAGGGAAAAAAAACUUAUACGGGGGCUCGGGGCACCCCCCCCAAAAAAAAAAAAAUUGUUCAAAAGAGCCCAUGAAAAUAGUAAAAAGAACCACAGAAAAUCCCAUUCAUUGCAAUGUUAAAGCUUAUCCAAUGCUGGAGAUUUAGGCAGGAGGUUGCGAAAAGUACCAAUGAAAUGAAAACAAAAAAUUGCCUGUACACAGCUUUCAUAAGGUCACAAAUAAUCUGCCUUCUCUCCUCAAAUUGUCAACAUUAAUCCGUGUUCAAUCAUUUCUCAACUUUUUAAUAAAUUAAGAAUGGAACAAAAAUCAUGCAAAAUGAAUUAUAUCAGCUAAAUUUUGAUGAAAAGUUACUGAACUGUAUGUAAUAAGUUCUAAGAUAAUAAAACGAGUUUAAAAAUUGUAAUAAUACUGAAUAUUAAACAAAGUUGAUUGGAAUACAGUGGAAUACAGUAAAAUGCAGUGUAAUCAAUGAAAAUAUCGCCUCUGUUGAAGUACAAAUCAGGUGAAUUUUAACCAUUAACAGUUUUUACAGUUUUAUUUUUACAGUUACUAUGUAAUGAUGAGCUUAAGUUAACUGGCUUUUCUUCAAGAAUGGCAGGAUAUGCUGCACUGAACAUGGUAACAUUAUUUUUAGCACAUUUUUCUCCAUCAGAAACCCUCACAGAUUUGAUGUACGGCAUUAUGUUUUUAUUUUGUACCUUUAUCCAGUAUUCAAAUACUCUAUUAUGCUGAAAUGAUACCUCAAGGCUGUAUACUUUUUUUUUUCAUUUUUCAUCAUGAACCAUUUCUUUUUCCCUUGUUGUGCCUCAGCCACUAGAAUUUUUUUUUAUAAGCUACAGGAAUUGAUUAUCAAUAUUUUUUCCAAGUAUUUAUUUAUUCAUGCUUCAUUCAUCAUUAAAUACCGGUAUUCAUUCAUCAAGCUAUUUUGUUUUUGUUAACUUUUAAUGACUUUCAUGUAGAUAUGAAUUAAUGUUUUGUACUUUAAUGUUUUAACCUUCUCAGUGAGAAGCAAUCAUGUCCGCAGCAAUUAUUUUUAAUGAUGGUUUUAAAAGUAUUAUUAUCAUGAUUAAAUAUCAUAUUGAAAUUCCAUACGAGAAGUACUUAAUGAUGAAAUUGUCAGCAAAAAGGAGAAUGAAAAGUUUUCAAUUGUAUUCAAUUAGUUCAGUUAUAAAAAUGUUUGGAUACUUGUAUUAAUCUGUCAACUUGCUGUACCAACUAUGGCAGCCCUUGAAAACCUGGGUGCUACUGAUAACACAAAUAUUUGCUUCAUUAGAAGAUUCUAACAGAGUACAAUAUUCCAUAUACAUGUAUACAGUAUAAGCUGUAAUUUCUUUAAGUUUUUUUUUUAUUGUUGGGAAAUUGCUUGGGAUAGAGCAUACAUUUACAGUACAUGUAAGUGAAUUCAACUCUUGCAUGAAUAUUUGCAAAUACAUCAAAAUUGUAUUAGUGCAAAAAACAUUUUUUGUUUGAUUUGGAACAUAUAAUAAACAACAAAUGGCUAUUUAUCGUGAUAACUUUCUAAAUACAGCUUAUACUGUAAUGCAAUUGCUGGGUAUAACUGCUUGCAAUGUAUCAAAUGGAUGUAUUCACAGUUUUGAUAUAUUUUUAAAAAUAAAUAUUCAAUGUCCAUUUCGAAUAAUGUCAAUUAUGUAACUGGAUUUGUUUUCAAAUACUUGUAUUCAUUGUAACUUUUUCUUGAAUUCGGUGAAUUCAGUGUAUUCACAAUAUGAAUAUAUUUAAAAAUGAAUCUUCAAUAAGAGUUUUUAAAUAAUUAUGAACCAAAUUUACAUUGCAAAUACGUUGCAUUCAUUGUCAUUGUUUCUUGAAUUGAGUGAAAAAUGAAAUGUAUAAAUUGAUCUUGCAUCAGCCAAGUCCUAUUGUGCUAAAAAACUAAGAAUAUUUAUAAGAUACUAUAUUUCUAUUUCUUAAUGGAGGGGGUGGGUGUUUCACUUCACAAAGAGUUUUGUGUGACUAAAAGUCACUCAGAACGCCAGUAAGCAUAUACACAUAAUCACAUUGAUGAUUACUCGUUACCAUGUACAGUAAGUACCCUUUGAGUAAGCUCUUGGGAGCGUUUUAUAGAAGGACUUGUGGGACGUGUCAGACAUUUAAUCAGAUGGUAACAAGGGUAAAUUUUAAUGUAACAAGGGUAAAUUAUCAGUUCUGGCAUAUUUGUUGGAUGGCAAAUGAUGAUGAAACACUCCCCUGAACAAUGCAGUGAUGUGAUAUGUACCACUUGCAACUGGGAAUCUAAGUGCGCAUUUUAGCGAGUUUUUGUGAAACCACCCCUCAGAUUAAUGUUUCUACUGCAUUGCUCCAAAUUUGAUGAAAUGUAUCAAUGAAAAGUAAGUUUUUGGAAAGAGAUGUUUGAAUGAAUCUGGAGGGGCUGCAAAGUUGCUACCAUUUAUGUGAGUUUAAGAUGAUAAAUGUCUAGAUUUUCUUUUCUU